UCCUAGCAUUGUUUGGGUCUGCGGCAGACGCGGGUCUCAGCGGCCUGUCAUGACCGGACAGCAGCUUACAGUCACGUCCUGACGGCGCAGGCGCGCGGAGCUCGAAGUAGCAGUUCUAUUGCGCAGGUUUGGCAGGAAAACGACUCUGUUCCCGCGGACGGAGCGGCGCUGACUGCAGUUUUUAAAGGAGGACCGGGACUUCCACAGCCGUCCGUGACGGCCAGACUCCGGAGGGAGGCGCCGUGUUGUCAGUGGUGACUCCGCAUCCCUGACAUCUCUGCUAGCCGUGAAAGUUGGCUAGCUCAGUUCGUGUACCGAGCACCGGAGAACCAGGUGUUUCUGAUCGUUGAAGACCAACAAUGACCGCAGCGGAGACGCUGGCUGCAGCUCCGGGGGGGUCAUGUCUCAUUCAGAACCCCUCCAGGCAUCGCGGGUCUCCAUCCAUCCAUCCGGCCAUCAUGUAGACAGCACGUCCGGACCGCUGGAUGACCGGACACGGCGUGGAUCACACCCACAGGGGGAUCGCUUGUUGUCAGACACAUGCUGAACGAUCUUCGAGGAGUUGCAAACAUCCCGACUUGCUUGAAAGGUCCGUGAAGGCGCCAUGCCCUGGCUGCACGUCUGAUUGAAACUAACGGAGCAGUGGAAGCAGCCAUGGAGUAACGGCGGCCGCACAGCAGCAUCACAACCCGGAGGACAUUUUGGCUCCUGGAGCACCAUGGAGGCGGUGGGGGACUUCGAGUACAGCAGGAAGGACCUGGUCGGGCACGGAGCGUUCGCGGUGGUGUUCAAGGGGAGACACAGGAAGAAAACAGACUGGGAAGUGGCCAUUAAGAGCAUUAAUAAGAAGAACCUGACCAAAUCCCAGAUCCUUCUGGGAAAAGAAAUCAAAAUCCUUAAGGAGCUGCAGCAUGAAAACAUCGUGGGCCUUUAUGAUGUUCAGGAAACUCCCAACUCUGUUUUCCUGGUCAUGGAGUACUGCAAUGGAGGAGAUCUCGCUGACUACCUGCAAGCUAAAGGGACGUUGAGAGAAGACACCAUGAGGGUUUUCCUGCAGCAGAUAGCAGCUGCCAUGCGCGUCCUCAACAGCAAAGGAAUCAUCCACCGUGACCUAAAACCUCAGAACAUCCUGCUGUCGUAUGCCGCUCGCAAGAAGUCCAACGUCAGCAGCAUCCGCAUCAAAAUAGCUGACUUUGGCUUUGCUCGAUACCUGACGAGCAACAUGAUGGCUGCCACGCUGUGUGGGUCACCGAUGUACAUGGCUCCGGAGGUCAUCAUGUCCCAGAACUAUGAUGCCAAGGCCGACCUGUGGAGCAUAGGAACCGUCAUCUAUCAGUGUCUGGUCGGCAAGCCUCCAUUCCAGGCUAACAGCCCCCAAGACCUGAGGCUGUUCUAUGAGAAAAACAAGAACCUGCAGCCCCUAAUCCCGAGGGAGACGUCCCCACAGCUCACCGACCUCCUGCUUGGUCUGCUGCAGAGGAACCAGAAAGACAGAAUGGACUUUGACACGUUCUUCAGCCAUCCGUUCCUGGAGUCCUCCUCCACCAUCAAAAAGUCAUGUCCGGUGCCGGUCCCCAGCUCUUCUGCUGCUGUGACAGACGGCUCCUGUGGCAGCUCCCCGUGCAUCCGCUACAGCUCUCCUCCUUCUCUCCCAGACAUGCAGACUCUGGCUGAAGACGGUCUUUCUUCUCCUCCACUUGGCCCUCCCAACUUCCUGCAGCUGUCCAAAGAGUCUGCAGGAAGCACCAGCAGCAAGAACUCCUCCUGCGACACAGACGAUUUUGUGCUGGUGCCUCACAUCUCUGCUGAAAGCUACGACCCACCAGGGGGGCCGGGUCGCAGACCUUCCAACGAGUUCCUGAUGUGUGGAGGGCAGCCUCAACCACCCCCGGGGCAGACAGCUAUGGUGUCCCCACGGGCAGAGACCACCCCCAUCCCUGUUCCCACUCAGGUUCGCAACUACCAGCGCAUCAAGCAGAACCUGUCGAGCAGCCCGACCAGCACCAUGUUCAGCUCUCCGAGGUCCGGGACUGUGAGGCGUUCCAACACCAGCCCCAUGGGCUUCCCUAAAGUGAGCUCCGGGUCUCCUAGCUCCGCGGACACCCCGCAGACUGUGGGCCGGCGCCUGUCCAUGGGCAGCUCUCGGCCCUACUCCCCCUCUCCUCUGGUGGGAACUAUCCCUGAACAGCUGGGUCACUGCUGCUGCCAUCUGCAGAACCAGGAGCCCCGCAGCUCCUCGGGAGGUUCCCCCAUCCCGCCCUCCCAGCUUCUUGGGGCUCGGCUGCAGAGCGCCCCCACCCUGACGGAGGUGUACCAAACCAGGCAGAAGCUCCACAAGCAGCUCUCCGAUCCUGUGCAGCCCUCCUCCUCCUGCAGCCACUCCCCUCAGUUUGGACGUCCAGCCAAUCUCGGCUCCUCCCCCACCAAGCUGCUGGGCUCGUCCCCCCGCACUUCCGACUGGCUGCAGAAGUCCCCGCUACCCACCAUCAUCGGGUCCCCCACCAAGCCCAUGUCAGCACCGUUCAAGAUCCCCAAAACUCAGGCCUCCUGUAACCUGAUGGCGCUGGCCGACAGCCCGGCUUCCUCCAAGAUGCUGGUGGAGGCCCGAGGCCUCUGUUCCCACCACAGCAGCCCGUACCUGGCUGGCCGGGCUGCAGCUCCAGAGGGUAGCAGAACCUUUGGCAGGUCUGUCAGCACAGGACGUCUGUCUGAACAGCCAAUCAGAAUCACUCUGGGGGGCCAGCCCUCUGAGGGCAGCACGGACAGCCUGAACACGGAGCGGCCCAUGGACACGGCUCCCAGCCUGCUGCUUCAGGGAGGCUCUGCCAGCCCCCGGACUGUAGUCUUCACUGUGGGGUCCCCGCCCAGCAGCAGCACCCCUCCUACCUGCAGUCACCUCGGCACCCGGCCUCGCACCACCUCCGUGGGCUCCAACAGUUCGGCCGGCUCCCUGUGCUCCACCAGCGGCAGAGCAUGCGUCGGCUCUCCCCCAGGUAUGGCCAUCGGGACCUCUCCCCCCGGGAGUUUUGGCGGCGGUCAGGCUGCCCCAGAAGGGGGGCCGAGCAGCCUGCGUUACGUCCCGUAUGGGACGUCUCCUCCCAGCCUGGAAGGGUUCAUCACCUUUGAAGCUCCAGAGCUGCCAGAGGAGACCCUGAUGGAGCGUGAGCACACAGACACCCUGAUGUACCUCAGAAUGAUGCUUUCAUUCACUGACUGCAUCCUGGAGAUGGCAGCCCUCCGAGCCGGGGGGGCGGAGCUUGGACUCUCGGUGGCAUCCCUGUACCCUCCCCAGGAGAGUGUGGUGGUAGACCAGAUCAGCCAGCUGAGUAAAGAGUGGGGGCAGGUGGAACAGUUGGUGCUCUACAUGAAGACGGCACAGCUGCUGGCCUCCUCCCUCCAUCUGGCCAAGGCUCAGAUUAAAUCUGCCAAACUCAAUCCGUCCUCUGCUGUCAAACAGGUGGUGAAGAGUCUGAACGAGCGCUACAAGAGCUGCAUCUCCCUCUGUCGUCAGCUGACCGAUAAGCUCAACCACUUCUUCUCAGACAAGCAGCGCUUUGUGGACGAGAUCAACAGCGUGACUGCAGAGAAGCUCAUCUACAACCACGCUGUGGAAAUGGUUCAGUCAGCUGCUCUGGAUGAGAUGUUCAAGCAGACGGAGGACAUAGCGUACCGUUACAGCAAGGCGUCCAUGCUGCUGGAUGGCCUGUCCAAGAUCCUGCAGGACCCCACAGACGUGGAGAACGUGGUGAAAUAUAAAGCCAGUGUGGACCGCAGGAUUUCCACUCUGUGUUACUGUACUGUCACGCUGUAUGAGUAGCAGGCUGCGCCCGCCUCUCCCAGCACCCCGGGACCAUGUCUAAGGACCUCUGACCACACUUCUCCUGUAGCAGAUCAAGCACUUUCCAUGUUGGGUUCAUCAGUAUUUAUCAUGACUGCAUUCUGGACGAACUGUGACCGAUGCACAACCUCACAACCAAAGAUGGCGGAGAGGAGGAACGUGUGACGUGGAUGUCACGUCUGAAGAAGAGGACUCCCCCCUGGACUGUCAGACAGACUCGUGAGCUCCUCGUGUGAAGAAGCUUGGCUUCUAAAAUCAUCGUAGAAAUGUACUCCGCAUUUUAGCUUGUCUUUGUAGUAUUUAUUGAUUUCCUUCCUGCCUUUGGGGCGGGAAAGCGGCUUGGAGCCGCUCACUGAAAAGGAUCAAACUCUCAACCCCCCCCCCAGCCACCAGAGCUAAGGACCCGCCCACUUUUACUGCUUGGUUUUAUACUUCAUGUGUUUUUAGCUCAAGCACUUUAUUGUGGAAUGAUCCGACGUCCACGGUGUCCGCCCCCCCCCCCACCACUCCUUCUUCCCCCCAGCACAUAUCUGCCUUUAGAGCACGAUGAACACGCCUGUGGACUGGACUCCUGUCUGCAGAGGGGCAGCCAGCGGUGAAGUCAAGCUGAUGUUUGAUCGCGCUGCCUGAUGGGGGGGUGGAUGGAUUGACUGUGUGUGUCGUCAUGGCGUCCUCCUGACCUGCAGCCGCCACCACGACUCUCUGCAUCCACAGCUUUUUAUGUUUGUCAGAACCUGUAGCUCUUUUUUUAAAAAUAAUCUAAAGUUUCAAACGUGUAAAUAUUUCAAUUUGAUGCAUGUGUUGAUUUCCUGACCCUGGUUUUUGGAGGGGAGGGUGUGUGUGAGACCAGUGCAGGGGCUGUUGCUGUUCAACCCCCCCUCCUGUCAAAGAGCACAAACCUUUGUAUGUAAAUAGAAGUGUUUGUAUUGAUGUUGCUCGUGUCUGCCAAGGGUUUGAACAGAAGAACCACUGCUGGCACAACAGGAGUGUGCCAAAGAUCUCAGCCGAUGGCAGCUCCAGACCCCCAGAUCUCUCACAGCAGAAAGUGAGCGCCAUGUCUGCAGCCUUCAUACCCCACCACGACGCCCUCUCCACCAGGUGUCCCCACCUCCCGACAGUUUUCCCGAUGUGCUUCAGGCCAGUAGUGAAGAAGAGGAGAUUCCUUCUUCUCAGACGGCUCCCUGCACACAUGUAAAUACCUUCUUCCUGUCUGGGCGGCCUCCAGGUCUCCACACAUCUGUUUUUCCCUCCAUCCGCCCGCCACCAUCAUGAGCCUCCAGCUGCAGCCUGUCCAUGAAGCAUGGAUGCCCCGCCUGCUUUAGCCCCUCACAACUUCUACCCUGUUGAAUGUCUGCCCACUGUUGUUUUUCCCUUAUGCAGUGAAUGCACCCCCCUUUCACUCUCACCUCCGUGAUACAUUUUCCUAGCACAGUUUUUUUUUUUUUUUUUAGAAAUGUUGAAGUCAUGCUGGUGUCUCUUCUUUAUGGAACUCUGAUACGGUCUUUGUUAUUAAAAGAGGAAAAUUUGA